AUGUACUCUCUUCUCCGACCAACAUGGGUACAAGCCGAUCUGGACGCAGUGAGUCAUAAUGUACGUGAGCUGAAAAGAUUCAUUGGCGAGAAAGUGCGUCUAAUGGCCGUCGUCAAAGUCAACGCGUAUGGACAUGGAUUUGUGGAAAUAGCUCGUACUGCUCUCGCAUCUGGCGCAACUUGGCUAGGCGUUGCUAUAUUGGACGAAGCACUUUUACUGUGUCGUCAGCUAACAAAAGAUGCGCUCAUUCUCGUUCUGGGCUAUGUCCCGCCACAACAUUUGUCGUUAGCUAGUCACUCGAAAAUUACGAUGACAGGCAUUUCUUUGGCAUGA